UGUUAGGUUCAUUUGGUUUACUACUCUGCUUCCUCUGCUUGUGAGUAUUCUCUUUGGUUAAGUAAUUGCAGAUGGCACUCCCUCCAUAUGAUCCGAAUUUCACAAUAGCAUUCUCAAUCCGCGAACGCGCAGAUAUUGAGAAUGACCCCGAGCACGAUGAAUCUGCUUCUGCUGCUAUUGUAGCGGUUGAACUGAUAAGCUCUGCACGGCUUGCACUUAAGCUUGAUAGCGUCCACACUGAGUACUCAGCUCAGUAUUUGGUGGACAAAGUUGGUAGCUCGCGUAGGCGCAGGCGCAGGCGCAAGCUCACUGUCAAAGACUGCCUUUUCUUUGCGUUAAAGAAAGGCGGCAUACCGAAAGCAGAAGAUUGGCCACCUUUGGGAUCUGAGUCAAAGCCCCCGUCAUCGUACAAACCUGCUCUCGUUUCCAUGAAAGGAGAAGUGAUUGAGCCUAAGGAUAUGGACCAAGUACGUGACUUGUUGGUGCAUCAACCGGCCGUGGGAGCAAAACUUCAUGUGUUCAGUCCACACAUUGAGCUUCAACAAGACGCAAUUUACUGUGGCUCGUCAGGUGAGUAUACGCGCUAUGUUGGACUUAGAGAUGCGAUCAUAGUUGGAACGGAGAAGAUCCAAGGAAAGUCCAUGGCAAUAGUGAAGGUUUGGUACAAGAAGAAGUUUAGAGUUCUCAAAGUGGCUUUGAGCAGGAUGUUUUUUUGGGCGGGCGUAGGGCCAUCAGAGCUGCUUGUUGACUUUUGUGUCCCACGCCUAUCCAUCGAUUAAGCAAGAAGAUAUGGUUUUAUCUUCUUAAUAAGUAUCUAUCUAUCUAGAGAACACUAUGCUACUAGCUAGUGGAAGACUUUGUUUAAGAAUGCAUGUUUCAUCUGGAGACUUUUUUAUAUGUAAUAAUAAGUUGAGAAUUUGAGA